GCCCACAAAAUUGUAAUUCCGAAAUUCCGAAAUGAAAUUUCUGAACAGAAAUUAAAAAUCAAAACCACAAAAACUCUGAAGCCCUUUUCCCUCUCUCUCUUUCUGAAGAGAGCAAAACCCUUCCCUUCUCUCUCUCUCUCUCGUUUCUCUUGCUCGUUGACUCGUCAAUGGCGAGGGUCAAGCACACAGCUUCCCGGAAAGCCCGCCCUAAAUCCGCUCGCUCGCAACCAGAAGCAAGCUCGCCGGCGGCGUCACCGGCACCGUCUAGAGGGACAGGAAGGACGAGGGGAAGUCCCAGAAGUCCAGGAUCACAGAGGCACGGCACGCCAAGGAAGGAUGCUGCAAAAGGUCCGGAAGCACAGACACAGAGGAAGAAGAGACGUUACAGGCAAGGAACUGUUGCUCUUAGAGAGAUUCGUCACUUCCAGAAAACAGUGAAGCUGGUUAUCCCAACUAUACCCUUCAUCAGAUGUGUAAGAGAGAUCACUGGUACAUUGUCUGAUGAUGUUACUCGUUGGACUGCAGAAGCCAUGCAGUGUAUUCAUGAGGCCGCAGAGGAUUAUCUAGUUCAUCUGUUUGAAGAUUCAAUGCUCUGUGCAAUUCAUGCAAAGCGUGUUACACUUAUGAAAAAGGAUCUUGAGCUUGCUCGUCGUCUUGGAGGAAUGGGUGGGAGGUGGUGAGAGUAAUUAGAAUUUUAUGACUUGUUCUGACAGUAGCAGUAUGUUGUACUUAAUGGUAGGGCUUUAAAUUGUAGCAAGCGGUUGGAAUUAUCUAUAUGCUAGUCUGGAUCUGUAUAACAGAUUAACAGAUUUAAUGUCAUGUAAACUUUCAGUAUGAUUUUGAUCUCUUCCCAACUGAAAUAGGCAAUGUGAUUCUUGAAGAUUUAUUUAUC